GCCAGGACGAGGACCGGCGCCUUCUGAAGAUGUUUCCGGAGGAGAAGAAAACAGAGUUCGUGAGCGUCUGGGUCCGGGAUCCUCGAAUUCAGAAGGAAGACUUCUGGCACUCCUACGUUGACUAUGAGAUAUUCAUUCAUACCAACAGCAUGUGCUUCACCAUGAAGACGUCCUGUGUGAGGAGACGGUUUCGGGAAUUCGUGUGGCUCAGAGAGCGGCUUCAGAGCAACGCGCUGCUGAUACAAGUGCCUGAACUGCCUUCCAAAAACCUGUUCUUCAACAUCAAUAACCGAGAGCACGUGGACCAGCGGCGGCAAGGGCUGGAGGAAUUUCUGAGGAAGAUCCUACAAAAUGCCCUUUUGCUAUCGGACAGCAGACUUCACCUCUUCUUACAGAGUCACUUAAGCUCUGAAGACAUCGAGGCCUGUGUUUCUGGACAGACAAAAUACUCUGUUUCUGAAGCGAUUCAGAAGUUUGCUUCUUCCAACAGACGUUUCCCCAAAGAAGAUGAAGAGGGGGGGAGAAAAGCCAAUUCUAUAGAUUAUGGCUCCACAAGUUCAUCCUCUGGGCUUGGUCACAGUUGUGAAGACAGCAGUCCACAUGGAUGUAAAACAAGCCCAGCUCUUCAAGAAUCCUGAAAAAUAAUUUUUAUGUUACUCUGUCAGUAAUAGAAAAUCAUGCCCAUGUCACACGGACAGGGUUGGUUCACAAUAGGUACCUCCCAACAGAAAGUCAGGGUGACAUGAUUGGUGGUGUGUUCGCCAAGCUGUUGCCCUUUUUUUUUUUUUUUUUUUAAGUUCAUUAAUGGUUUCCAGUUCCGGGUUUUAUGUUGUCUUAUUUUGACUAAGGAAAAUUCUCUUGGUUAUGACUCAGUAAAAUAGCAAACACUGAAUUUUCAGGAUGAGGAUGAUUGAUAAACGAGCUCCUUCUCCAAUAGGAAAUGAUUUGUGUUAAUAUAUUUAGGUGUGAAUUUAAACCUGUGUGUGUUGUGUAAAACCUUUGGUUUGGUUCAAUUAAAAAAUCCACUUGGUACAUAAACACAGUUUAAGCCCAGGAUAUUGCAUUUUCUCCUACAUUAACAUGUCACUUUCCCCAGACUUUUGAAGCCUGUCAUAGGAUUUUGUAGUGGAUGAAUGAGAUUUGCUGAUAUUACGAGGCUCUGUCUCCGAAACAGGGCAAAAACUCGGAUGUUGCUGUGAGUGUGAGUGUGUGUGGCUGACUCAAUCCUGGCGAGGGCUGCUCAGCUUCCUCGCCUGCUAUUUAUUAUGCACACAGAUGGCACCCACAGCUUAGCAACGGAGACCUGUGUUCAAAUACCUUUUACUCAAGAAUGCAAAUUCAAAUAAAUAGGCCGAUAGUCUCUUCAUUCUUAGCGAAAUAGCUUCCCAAGCAGAGAUCAGCUUAAGCCUCAGGUUGGGAGACCCCCAGGCUUUGUUUCUGUCAUGUAUUUGGCUGCCAGAGAGGAAUUUAUUUUCUUUCAAAAUGUCUCAUUUCUUCUUCACUUGCAAUAUCUCCUUAUUCCUAGUGGUUGUUGCUAGUUUCUUCAUUAAAGGGAAAGCCAGGUAUUAAAAGGCAGACUAAAGGUAAUGGCUACCAAAAAGUAUUCUGCUAAUUUAGGAAAUAAGAUUAACUAAUUGAUUAUGCAUUAAAAAAAAGGCCCAUCGAUUCCUUUACCCCCUUUAAGGCUCCACUUGAGAAAUGUCGCAGUCUGAUAAAAUAUAGCCUCCACUAGCCUAAAGAUAAACUUGGAUUCAAUAACUUUCUGGUGACAAAGCACUUUAAUAAGAUAAUGAUCCAAAUUUCUUCCUUGUCCUUCCUUGUACAAAGUAAUCAGUUUCUAUUCUGAGCAACUGGCAGAAAGAUAUUUGGGAAUAACUUGUUGCUUCUCUUGGCUAUUCCUCCUGGCUAGCCUCCUCUGGAGGCUGGUCAAAGAUGCCUGCAGAAGGCAGUUAAUUUCAGGAGUGUUUUUGUCGUUCUAUUAUUAAUAAACUCCUCAUGGAGGGCGAAGGAUAGGACUCAAAAUAACAGCACCAAACAAAACAAAAAACGGAGGAUAAGAAUUAUUCCCUCAAUUUUGCUGUCUUGCUUUCUUGUUUGGCCUAAACUCUUAUUAGAUUUUUGGGAAGGAUCUUGAUUUAGUAUGUGAGGGCUGUUACUGCAUCAUGGGAGAGCCAUUAAUUGAAAACAGGGGGGAAAAACCCCCUAAGAUUUAAGAGCUUUCUUAAUCACCUUGGUAACGGCGGUGGGGGUAAGAGAAGAAGGAGGGGGUGGCUUGCCAUCUAGCUAUUAGAUUUAUUUAUUUAUUUUUCUUAGCAGUACAUAUUUGAAUUUACAAUCACUAUUUCACUUUCGGAAUAUUUUUAGAAAAUGUGAGCAGCCAUAAAUUUUCAUGUUAUUUUUAGAUCUUGUAACAUAAAUAUCAAAAUGUCUAUCUUGUAAUUUGUUCCAUAAGAUGUAAUGAAUUUUAUUUCUAAAUUAAAUGUGA